AUGAGCCCAGUGUAUGGAGGAGAAAGUAGGCAAGAUUCAGUUAGAUUAGGUCUUGAAAGCCUGCAGACUGAUUAUGUGAUGAUACACGACGCUUGUAGACCCUUUAUUUCACAUACCUUAAUAGAGAAAUUAAUUGAAUCUAUGAGCUGUGAGCAUACAGGGGUUGUUCCUGUGGUAGAUGUUGAAGAUACUGUGUCGCUG